AGUUCUUCUCCGGGUUGGAGAUAGUUCCGAACGGGAUAGCUCUGCCUACCGACUACCAGGGGCGGCAUACAGGGGAGGCAUACGUUCAGUUUAUAAACAAAGAUGUCGCAGAAAAAUCCCUUGAGAAGCAUAAGGAAAAGAUAGCGCACAGGUGGGAAGGCAACGCUACAGGUGGCACGGUGUUGCAUUCAGGUUAACAGUUGAUGAAGGUACAGGCUAUGGAGCAGGUUUUUCAAGUUUUGAGUGUAAUAUACCUCCCCCACCUGCCCACAUAUUGGCUGUUCACAAUACUAUCAUAAUUCUUAAUUUUUAUGGAGUUAUCAAUUAUCUAAUGGGCAUCAAUAAGGUGGAAGGCAGCUUGAAGUUUGACAUUCCUACUACCAUGCACCUUGGUGGGGCGUAGAUGGCUGCUACUGGUGGGGAGGAAGGGAGGAGGGAGGAAUGGGAGGGUGCUACUUCCCAGGAUAGAUUCCUUGCAGUUUUUGGCAAUGGGUAUGAUUCCCAAACUAAUGUUGAAUAAAAAAGAAUGGCUAAGGCCAUAUUCAUUGAGAGCAAGGAAUAUCCAGUGUUCCCUAGAGAAUGGUACCCACUUUGGUUUCCUCUUUAUUUAUUUAUUUUUUUCUGAUCUCUCUGGCAUGAGUAAGACUUAGUCCUCUGUUGAAAAUCACUCAUUCCAAGGGUAUCAUUCUCCAAUCCCCGAAACCAAACCCCAGUUACUUAAGGUUAAUUGACGCUGAUUGAGGGAGGACCGUAAAGGGCAGGGAAUGGUUCAUAGUUCCACAUCCUGAGCAGUACUCCUGAAACAGCUUGUAGUGGGUAAGGGAUCUAACAUUUUGGUUCAAAUGCCAAUGGGACUCAGCAGUUAUUAAUCAAAAUCUUGCAUGAAGGUAAGAAAUCCUGAUGUGUAACUUAGUGUAUCCAAGAGAGCAUCUGUCUUAAUGACUGUAGAAAAAAUACUUUCAUGAUUGCAUUAGAAGCUUGAUGUUGGAUGUUGGAGUCCCAAGGUUGACUGUAAAUUAGUAUAUAAGAAAAGUUCAGAAGGGCUCAACAAAAUGAAGGAGACUGGUGGCAGCAGAGCAGCAGAAAACCCGUGGUGGGCGGGAGGGCAGGCGGUGAGUGAGGUAGGCAGAGGAGGCUGGGCAGUGGGCCUGGGCCGGGCCGGGCUGGGCUGGCCGGGAAGGAGCGGGAAGAGGCACUGGGCCGGGCCGGGACGCGGGCACGGGCUGGUGGGGCCGGGCCGGGCCUGGGACUUGGACUUUCCACACUGGCGGUAUAUUGAGAUUUUCCGAAGUAACCUAGGGGAGGUUCGGGCUGCCAUGAGUCCGAAGAUGCGUGGCCCUGGGGGACCCAUGGGUGGCUACAACAGCAGACCCACACCAUAUGACUCUCGCGAUAGAUUUGGAGGAAUGAACCGCUAUAGCUUGGGUGGCCGUGGUCGAACACAAUUUGCUUCAGAGGGUGGAUACAAUGACUAUGAUGAUGGCCCUGGCUGGGGUGGCUCCGGUGGCUACAACGAUGGACCCGGCAGCUGGCUGAGUGGUCGAGGUGGCGGCAGGGGAGGUGGUCCUGGUGGCCUCAAGGGUAAUUUUGGUGGAAGAGGUGGAAACUGGAAUAAUGGGACUGGCCACUGUGUCCAUAUGCGAGGCCUGCCCUUCAGAGCGACGGAGAUGGAUAUCGCAGAUUUCUUCCGGCCCCUAAACCCUGUCAACAUCAAUAUAAUCAUGGACAGCUCCAACCGUCCCUCUGGUGAAGCAGAUAUUGAGUUUGCCACGCACGACGAUGCUGUGAAAGCCAUGAGCAAGGACAAAGCCAACAUGCAGCACCGGUACAUAGAGUUGUUCUUGAACUCUACUCCCGGUGGAAACAUGGGAGGUCCUGGUGGACCCAUGGGUGGACCUGUGGGACCCAUGGGUGGUCCUGGCACUGGUAACUUUGGUGGCGGUGGCGGCGGUGGCAACUUCAGCAGUGGCAACAUGGGCGGCGGGUUUGGUGGGGGCUAUGUGGGGGGAAACCGAAUGGGGGGAGGUGGUAGUGGCUACGGCAAUGGCGCUGGCGGUGGUGGCAGCGGCGGCUACAGCUCUCUGGAUGACGGCCUGGGUUCAGGCAUGGGGGGAGGCAUGGGCAGUGGCAUGGGAGGUGGACUGGGCAGCAGUGGCAUCGGAAGCCUUGGAAGUGGCUUGAGCAGUGGCCUAGGGAGUGGCCUAGGCAGCAGCCUUUCGGGCAGCCUCCGAGGCAUGGGCAGUGGGCUGAGCAGUGGGCUGGGCAGCUCCAUGGGUAGUGGAAGCAGCGGCCUUGGUGGGGGCAGUGGAGGGAUGGGGGGUGGGGGUGGCGGUAACUUUGGAUCAGGCUUCAACAAUGGGUUCAACUCAAACAACGGCUAUGGUCCUGGUGACCAAAUGUCGGGCAACAACUACAACAGCUUCUGCUAGAGAGACAAGUGAAUCUUGAAUUGACCAGAAGAUUCCUUUGGAUGAAGUACUUUGUACUGUUCUACUUAGAGUCAAGGAUUCAAGAUUUUUUGUCUAGGAAGCGUAAGAAUAUCUGAUUAUCAUUAUUAUUAUUUUUUAUUAUUAUGACUCGGUUACUUUUCUUUUUUAAAGAUGACUUGUGUAGUGAAGAUAUGUUGCCAAUUGGUGGUUAGCAUGACAAUAGUGGCCUGUAGAUGUUGGGAGUGGAGGUAGGCUAAUUUUUACUGAUGAGACCGCCAGGAGUGGGGCCUGACUGGAUGGUUCUACAGCUUUGAAACAAAAACUAAUUGUAAUAAUUUUCCUUGGAAAACCGACAUUCCACUUGGAGGACGCAGGAUGAUGAUGAGUGCAGGCGGAAUUACAAUUGUACCAUUUAGUAUAUUAAUAAAAAUGAAAAGAAAA